AUGGUGGAGAUUCUGAACGAGAAUGACAACCGUCCGUCGUUCCUGGAACACUCCAUUCAACCCUUCUACAUCAGUGAGCUGACUGCGGUCAACACGGUCGUAUUCACCGUCCAGGCCAGCGAUGCAGACGAGGACAUCAUCAUGUAUAUUAUCGACAAAUCCUCGCCUGACGCCAGCUACUUCAGGAUAGACCUCCCCAACAGCGGUAAGGUCGUCCUGGCCAAACCCCUGGACUACGAGACCAAAGCCCUGCUGGAGUUUGUCAUUUACGCUGUGGAGAUGAACACCGAGGAGAGGUACAACACCACGGCGACCAUAACGGUCCACGUUCUGGACGGAGAUGACCAGUACCCCCAGUUUCAGCCCUGCAACCCUCUCUCUCAGGACCACGCAAACCCCGUCUGCACCAACCCCAUCUACAUGGCCAACAUCACGGAGAAGGAACGGGACACCAUCUUACAGUUCUCUCCCGGGCCGAUUCAUGCUGAGGAUGGAGACCGAGGCCUGAGGACGCCGCUGCUCUACACGAUUCUGUCAGGUGGUGACAAUGGCAGGUUCCUCAUUGACAAUGAGACUGGGGAGGUGCUGCUGACCAGACCAGUGGAGAACAGACUGCGGACCCCGAUUCACAGACUGAGGAUCAUGGCCUCUCAGAGGGACGACCCGAAAAAGUACACAGUGGCAACAGCUUUGGUCCGAGUUCUGGCCCAGAACCGGUACCCUCCCCAGUUCAACAGAACCACCUACCGGGGCUUCAUCACAGAGAACAGUGGUCCCGCCGCACUGGUCAACACCUAUGGUGACGCCGUGCUGGUGAUCCAGGCCUCUGACCCAGACUUCAGAGAUGGAUAUAAUCCCAAAAUUCAAUACUCCUUGAGGCCAAAGUCCAACAACACCAGGCUCUACCACAUCACACAGGAAGGGCUUCUGAUCGCCAGGACUGAUCAGCUGCAGGCAUCUGAGAAACACUUCCUGGAGGUGCUUGCCACUGAUGGGGAGACAGGAGAGGUGGUCAAAGCCUCCGUUGACAUUGAGGUUCUCCCUAAAGGUCAAGCAGCGCCCCGCGCUCCGUUCGGGCCUGAGUGGCUGCAGGACAGGAUGGACGUGGGUAUGGCCGGGGGCGUGGCCGUCGUGGUCUUCCUCUUCCUGGUGGUUUUGGUCUUCCUGUUCGUGCACCUGGCCAAGAGGCGGAGGCGGCAGCAGGACCUGGCGGAACGGGCGUCGGUCGCGCAGGGGAAACACCCCAACGUGGUUGACCAUGGGAGACCUAUGCCUCUAAUAGAGGAAGUCUCCUAUCUCAACAAAGCAUUCACUGACAACGAGACGACAGGCUCAUUCAGGCGUGGAAUUUACACCAAAAAAAGCGAGGCGCCCACCGUGAGGUCAAUCAGCUGGGACAACCACGACAUAACCGUGUUCACGAUACCAGCACCCGCGCCGAUCGGCGAGCUGCAAUCAGCCGUGGCCAACGGGAGACUGCCGAACAGAGCUGUCUGCAAAACCGUGUCGUUCCAAGACGAGGUGGAGCUGAGGGAGAGAGGGGCGCCCGCCGAGGACCCGCCGCUCUCAUGGGGGGAGGAGGUACAGCUGGAGGCCGAACAGGUGCUGCUCCAGGUGCACUCUGAGACUCCCUGCCUGCAGGUGCCCUACACAGGUGACCCAGGUGAGACGGGACAGAGAGACACGGAGGACAGCUCUGAUGGGUCCAAGCAGCGUGGCGCGGACACGCCCCCGAAGAGUUCAAAAGAGCAGGAGCACCGCAACAGUAGCGGUGAAGAGGAUGACGAUGAUGAUGGCUACGAUGAAGAUGAGGAUGCAGAACAGAACCCCUACAAGUACAUGCACUCUGUGAUCUGCCUGUCAGACGAUGACGAGCAGGCAGACGAUGAAGAGGAAGACCACGCAAACAGUCCGAGUCACGAGAGGUAUGAGCAGGAGGGGGAGCGCGGCGGAGCAGGCAGAGCGACAGAGGACACAUCGUUUCCGAGCAAGCAGGCACCGUCAAAGAUCAACGAGAUCCACCCCAGCACAAACGACUCCCACCCACAGAGGACCGCCUCGCGUUGGAGUUUCUCUUCUUCCCAGACGGGUCAAUAG